AUGCUCAAGGACAAGCGUGCCGCCUUCCUGCGGCAGCAGGAGCGCGUGCAGGCGCGCACCGUCGUUGACCAUGCCGCCGCCACAGCCGCCAGGCGCCAAGCCGCCCCUUCCCCCGCCGCCGUUGCGCCGGCGAGCACCGCUGUCGCGGGGGAAGUUGCGGGGAGCGGAAAGGGCAUUGCGGUGGGGUUUCAGGGGCUGCAGGCGGAGAACUGGCUGGCAGACGCGGGGAAGUACGAGGCGGUGCUGCGCGUGCGACAGCUGCCGCUGGGGCAGAAGAUCAAGAAGGUCAUCGACCUCCUCUUCCGGGUAAGCGCGCCGCCACGCCUGCCCCUCCUUCCCCUCCUUCCCCUCCCUCCACGCCCUCCCCCUCCUUCCCCUCCCUCCCCGCGCUCCUCCCUCCACGCGCUCCUCCCUCCACGCUCAAUUCUCCUCACCCCCCCUCACGCUGAGCGGCAGGGGCUGACGGCGGAGCAGGUGGAGGCGGUGACGAUGGUGGACGUCACCACCAGCCGCGAGCUGCAGGCCAGCCUGCGCGCCAACCCCAAGGUCGCCGUGCAUGGCAACACCUACAUCUACAAGGCGAAGCACGAGCUGGCAGGGCGGGACGACCUGCUGAGGCUGAUCCGCGAGCACAAGGACGGCAUCCCCAUGGGCGACGUGCGCGACUCCUACAGCGGCGUGGCAGCGCACGUGCAGGAGCUGCGGGCGUUGGGGCAGGCGUGGGUGCUGUUCAACGCGGACAGCGGCGACGAGGUGCUGUUCCCCAACGACCCGCGCAUCGCCAUCAAGGUGGACCCCGACAUCCGCGCUCUCUUCCGCCGCAUUGACCUGCCGCGCGACCUCACCGACCUUGAGAAGGAGCUGCAGCGCUGCGGCCAGAACCCCGCCAUGCCCGCCGUGCGCCGCCUGCAGGCCCUCGAAGGCGCCAUGACCGCGCAGACACAAAAGCCCAAGGCGAAGAGGAAGCGAGAGUCGAAGCGCACCAAGUACACCAACAACCAUCUGCCAGAGCUCUUCGCCAGCACACCCAUGUGA